CCAACUUGAUGAUAAUUUUUGAAUUUUGAUUGAUUGUUUGUUUUGAUUUGAAUUUUAAAUUUAAACUUGUGAAUAGUUUUUCAGUCGUCUGUUGAAGAAAAAUUGUUAAUUAAAUGCAAGUUUUUCAACUUAAAUAUGCCAUUCAGGAGCCGUUCUAGAAAUGCACAACGAAGACAGCUUUUGAAAAGGCACGGAAAGAGUAAAUUUUCCGAAGGAGAAGUAGUUCUCUGUUACGAACCUGAUCCUGCAAAAACUAAAGUUCUGUAUAGCUCUAAGGUUAUACAAAUCGUUGAAAAGUAUGACGAUAACGAUAAAAGAUACGAAGAAUAUCUUAUUCAUUUUCAUGGUUGGAAUUCUACUUGGGAUCGAUACGUAACUGAAGAUUAUAUAUUAAAAGAUACUCCAGAAAACAGAAAAUUACAGCAAGAAUUAGCCAACGAAGCUCAACUCACUCCAGGUGGUAACCUGUACAAACGAGAUAUGAGAAACAGAAGACGAUCUUCUUCUUCACGCAGGAGAUCACGAAAUUGUGAAAAUAUUAGCUCGAAUACUCAGCGUUCCUAUAACGACGAAGAAGGCAUGAGUCAGGGUGAAACCACUCAAGAUGAAUAUUCUUCCGAUAAAUCCAGCGACGACGAAGGCAUGAGUAUCUCGUUGAAAGAUAUUCCUCCGCCUCUUCAGAUUAAAUUUCCCGCCAUUAUGAAAAAAACCCUCGGUUAUGACGAAUAUUUAGUCACUAAAAAGAAGAAGUUGCACAAGUUACCCGCAAAUCCGAAUAUAAUUACGGUAUUGGAGUCAUUUGUCGUGCAUUAUGUUACCCAUGGAUUAAGACAGUAUAUUUCCAAACAAGCUCGUAAAUUGAAAUACGAAGAUUUAGUUGCGAGGGUAUCGCUAGCUAAAGAAAUGGUGGACGGACUACGUAUCAUUUUCGAUUUCACUGUUGAUAAUUUAUUGAUGUACGGAGAAGAAAGAGGCCAGUUUAGUGAAAUUAGACAUAUCACGUUGGAACCUCCGGUUCGUUCGUUGAAUUGUGCAUUGGAAAGUAAAAUUAAAGAAGCAGAGAGUACUCUCCCUAGAGAAGUACGAGUUCUCGACGUCUUGCCUGCACCAGUCGAAAACAAAGUUGGUCCAAAUAUCGUUAAACGAGUACUGAGAUCUCAGCAUCAUCAUCCAGCACCUGAGACGAACGAACCUCAUCCUACUGUCGCCGAAGCCAAACCGGACCCUAACGUUGCCCCUAAAAGUAGAGAGGAAAUCCAAAAUAGCAUCGCGAGCAGUAGUUGUUCCUCGAACGGUGUGACUCCACCGUACAGCUUGAGGUUCGACGGUUCCAUAAUUUACAGUCGACAUAUCAAGAAAUUAGUCCAAAAGGAAAUCACUGGAUGGAAUUUAAUACCAGAUAGUUUAUAUAAACAGAAACCCUUGAAACCUUCACUGGUUUAUGGAGCUACUCAUAUAGCCAGAUUAUUCGUUAAAUUACCCGAAAUUCUUCAGCACUCCUCGCAUAGACCAGAAGUACAGGAAACAAUUAUCGAAUAUUCCGAAUUAUUAUUGAGUUUCUUGGCCGAACACCCCGAAUGGUUUGGAGAAUCCCAUUACGUUGAAGAUGGGAAAUAUGAUUGAUAAAAUAAAUACAUCACGUACGUUUCUUUACGAACCAAGUAGUUCUACAUGUCUCCAUGACGGAGUUCGUUUUUUUUACGCUUUAAUUCUGUGAUCAAGUUUUCAUAAUGUAAUGCCAAUACGUUGGCAUUUUUUUUGUCUUUUUUGUAAUAUUUUUUUCAUCAGUAUUAUAAUAUAUAGUUUGACGAACAAAAUAAAUAAUGCGAUUCUUUUCAA